AUGCCUUCGUUCAAGAGCACCGUCUUCGCCGUUGCCGCGGCCUUUGUCGCCACGGCCCAGGCUGAUUACUACGUCGAGCCCUCAUCCGUUCCUCUGGCCACAAGAAAGGCUUGGUGCGCCGACGAGAAGAACACAUGCCCCAUCAUCUGCCAGCAGGUCGAGCCCCGGACGACCCUGGUGAACGACUGCGACCCUGAAACCCUCACCUACGGCUGCAUCUGCGGCGACAAGAACCAGCCCAACAUGACCGAGUACUCCCUCACCCUGCCCUACCACGUCUGCCAGGAGUACGGCAACCAGUGCGUCAAGGCCUGCGGCCUCGGCGCCAACCAGUGCUCGUCAAACUGCCGCCAGAACAACCCCUGCGGCGCCCAGAACCCCACCCGCCAGAACUCGACCUCCACCGCCGGCACGGCCACCGCCUCUGCGACGGCCUCCGAGACGAGCGGCGCCAUCUACACCGGCCUCGGCGACUCCGGUUCCUCCUCCUCCGGCUCGUCGUCCGGCAGCGGUGCCGCGGCCCUGGAAAUGGGUCGCAGCGCUGGCCUGGCUAUCCUCGUCGGUAGCUUGAUCGGCGGUGCUGCUCUCUUGCUCUAA